AUGGAUCACUAUGCCCAAGCCUCUGCUGAAGCUGAUGCUUCUCGCCUGUCCAUGGCUGAAAAGAAUGAGAAGGAAAACGUGGAGUCACUCCCAGCGACACAGGUUGAUGUGGAGGAGAAACCACACGUGAUCGACCUGGAACCAGAACUGGAAGAUUUCAUGGACCAGCACUUCGAUGACCGUCAGAAAUUUCCAGAAGAAGAAAGUUUCCAAGAAGGAGGUGAGACUGGAGUUGGGCCUGGGGAUACUGAGGAAACGCAGCAAUAUGAACCAGGUGAUGUUUGCAAUGAUGUUAUAGCAGGUGAGCCAGUUACCCAUGAGCCCGCUGCACCUGACGCUGAAGAUCGUGUUCCUGAGGAAGACAAUCAGUCCGCCUGGAAGCAAGAUGAUUGGUCAUACUAUGGGUAUUGGCCUUACGAUAGCUGGGGUGGAUCGUGGAAGAGCUCUUGGGACUAUGGAUAUGGCUACUAUGGUUCCUGGGGCCAAUGGGACAACUACCAUGGAAACGAGGGAGGGAACACAGUGCGCAGGUCGAACUCUGUCGAGAGUGGGGUCAGCGGGUAUUCGCAGUUGACCAGCGUCUCCGCGUUGCACAUGUCAUUGAACAGGCUCAACACGCCGGACCUUGAACAUGUGAAGAAGAAUGAUGAGAAGAAGAAUGAUGAGAAGAAGAAUGAUGAGAAGAAACAUGAAAAGCCUGUCAGAUUGGAUGAUGCAACCUCACCGAGCUCGUCAGUCCCUGCCCCAGCAGCUUCUCCCAAUGGAACUCCAGGUGAUGAGAUGAACCAGGAACACCAUGAUGGAUCCGAUGUUGGAACCGCACCCAGUUCAUCGAAUGGUGACACCGGUGCGCCCUCAGAAACUCCUGAUGGUAAUGCCGUGGAAGCAAAGAAUGAUGACAAGAAGGCCGCAGAGGGUGAAGGGUAUGACUCGAGCCCGAAGACUCCUGAAGAGAUUCAGAAGAUGUGCCGUCGAGCCCACGGAU